UGUAAAUAAUCACAUGGAGACAACAUGGAUGCUUCAGACUUUGCUGUGUCGUUUGCUACAUUGUGACCGAUUGCUGUUGUUUCCCCCUCUCUGCUGUGGUCAUUUGUGGAGAAGAGAAACAGUAAAUGCUGCUCUGACAAAAUAAGCGGCUUGUCCUGUUGCCAGACUUAUAACUCAGGGUGGUAGUUGAAGCACAGGUUGUGCGUGCGUGCGCGUUCGCGAGUUACCUGCUGACCGUCUGCAUCAUGUUUGUGUUGGUGGAGAUGGUCGACACUGUCAGGAUCCCUCCGUGGAACUUCCAGAGACAACUCAACGAGGCCAUAGCUGAAGAGCUCAACAAGAAACUGGCCAACAAGGUGGUCUAUAAUGUUGGCCUCUGCAUCUGCUUGUAUGACAUCACUAAACUGGAGGAUUCCUAUAUAUUCCCGGGGGACGGAGCCUCACACACCAAAGUUCAUUUCAGGUAUGUUGUUUUUCACCCUUUCCUCGAUGAGAUCCUGGUUGGCAAGAUCAAGUACUGCAGUCAGGAGGGAGUUCAUGUGACGAUGGGCUUCUUUGAUGACAUCCUCAUUCCACCAGAGUCCCUUCAACAGCCUGCAAAAUUUGACGAAGCAGAGCAAGUUUGGCUUUGGGAGUAUGAGACAGAUGAGGGGGCCCAUGACCUCUACAUGGACCAAGGAGAGGAGAUCCGUUUUCGGGUGACAGACGAAGUCUUUGUGGAUACGUCGCCGACAGGCCCGGCAACUGCAGCGACAGACGCACCAGCUCAGCCAGGACAGUCGACGGCGCCGCCAGCAGAGGACAGCAGGGAGAAGAAGGAGGCACCGUAUACUCUGAUUGGGACCAUCUGUGAGCCGGGGCUGGGGCUACUGUCAUGGUGGAACAGUUAGCACUGCAGAGGAAGCAGAGGAUAUCUGGGUGUUAGGAGCAGACUGACCAUCACGACUGACGGGAGAGACGAGGGACAGCCAGCUGGAGACACAGAACCCUCUGUUUCAGUACAGAAGUCAAGAGACAAAGUGGAGCUGCUUUCUGAACCAAGACACUGUUGGCAUAGAAGUGACCGAUGUGACCUCUGUCAUACUGAGACUGAUUGUUUAGUAAAUAUUGCCCUAAAAUUACCAGCUUCGUGUUUACAUGUAAAACUCACCAUAUAUUUAAUAACAAAUAUUCAAGAACUUUCACAUUCAGGUGGUAGAUUUCACAUGAGAUUUUCACCCCCAAAUCAAAAGAAAACAAGAAGCCAUUGAUUAUGUGAAUCAUAAUGUCAUAAUGGAGCUAGUGUGAUGGAAGGAUAUAGACUGAUCACAAGAUCUGACUGUAAUGGCUCAAAGUUGGUGCUGUUUAAUGUCAUUUGUCAGGGAUGAAUAAAUCGUGGGACGUAAUGAUAUGAGGACUUGUAUGGACACUGAGUUUAAAGGUGAGAGAAAUAAGGCAGUGAUAUUUUUUAUAUAAAAAAUGACCUGGAGGUCAGAUGUCUAAUGCAUUUGUGUCAUCAAGAUUUAAGAAAACAUGGCAACAAUAAAAAUAUAUAUAUUUUUUUUUUCAGUGAGGGUCAGAUUUGUUCAUUUUAGCUUUUUAUUUCACACUUUACAUCUACCCCAGGUAUUUGUGCACACAUCUUCAGUUUAUUUCACAGCCUUGUAAUAUUUUGUAUUUCUCUUUCGUCACAAAGGAAACGGAUGUAUCAUCAGCAAGAGUGGAUUUGUUCUGAGAAUUUGUCAUUGUGUGUGAUUAUGGGAAGUAUAUGAAAAAGGAUUAGCAUUUAAAUCCUACAGUUUGAGGGGCAGUGAAGGACAGAGCCCUGCUUGUUUAUAACAGAUCUGUCCUGUGCACUCUUAAUGUCAGUCACUGUUAGUUUGCAACUCAUGCACACAUACUUGUGUUUGUUGUACAAUCAGAAAUGUGGUGGGCUGUUUUUCAUGUGACAACUGCAUGGCCAGUUGAUGUUUGUCUCAGUUGUCUAUUGUGAAACUAGGUCAGACUGUUCGGAGUUUAUAUCAGAAAAAAUCGGUGGGUUGCAUGUGACAGAAAGCUUAGCUUACGAAUAGGAUGAAAACAGUUCCUACGUAAAUAACUAAUUUUACUGCGGACUCGGUGGAACUUCCUCGUACAUGUAGUAUAAUGUGGAUAUGAGCGCUUUCAGAUCU